CAUUAUCCUAAAAGUUGUAUGAUUGACGCUCCAGUUAAUGAUUGGCUAAAAAUGUAAUUAGGUUAAUCGAAAAAGGUUUUCGCGCGUUAUUUUUUUUUCAAAUUUUCUAUUACAAAAGAUAACUAAAAGAGAAAUUAUGGCUUGUGAAACAGAAUUACCAGAUCUUCCAGAAACAGAACAAUUCAAGAAGCCUGGCAGGAAGAAAAAUGAUGUUUGGAAUUAUUUUAUCAAAGAAGAAGCUAGAAAAUUUGACCACUCACCUAAUUCAGAUGUGUUUAUUAAUGAAAUAGAAAAUGAUAAUGAUCCUUUUGAAAAUUUGGUUUCAGAUGAUGAAGAAGAAAAUAAACAGAAGAUGAUUCAGAUUUAAUUAAAUCAUGGAACCUGAAAAAAUUGAUCAUGGUGAAAUGGAUUUAAUUUUUUUCUAUGAGUAGUAGUUUUAUAUAUAAUAAUUUUUUUUUGUACUGCUUUUAUACAUGUUAUAAACUUAU